AAAUGCGCACUGUCGUAUUUUCAUGUGUUUAUGUUCAAUGAAAAGGAUUUGAAGAAAGUCAAAAAAGUUUGUCGUUGUCAUACUAUCAAAAUAAGACAUCAUAGUACUUAUAGAAUUUUAAGUCUAAUUCAAAAUUACAAAUGCAUUUUUUAAAAAGAUUAUCAGGAAUAAUCAACCUACAUUACAAACGCUAUCCAAUAAGAUGUUUAACCUCCAAAUCGUGCGUAAAUGUAAAAGAUGAAGUAGAGCAAAAGGAAAAAAAUAUUUUGGUAGAUCGUUUUGAAGAAAUUUGUAUAAUUGGUAUAAAUCGACCAGAAAGGAAGAAUGCUUUAAAUGUUGCUGCCGCACAAGAACUAUCGGAUGAAUUAGAUAAAUUUGAAAAUGAUGAAAAGUUUUUAGUUGGUAUUCUUCAUGGUAUAGGAGGGAAUUUCUGUAGUGGUUAUGAUCUUAAGGAAAUUGCACAAUAUGAUGGAAAAAAUGAGGAAGUUUUACCUCACUUUGGGCCAUUGGCUAAUAGAAUUGAGUUAUGUAAAAAACCCUUAAUUGCUGCUAUAAGUGGAUAUGCUUUAGGAAUAGGCUUUGAACUUGCCUUAAUGUGUGAUCUCAGAGUAAUGGAAGAAGGUGCAGUAUUAGGAUUUACAAAUAGACGGUUUGGCAUACCUAUAUUAUGUGGUGGUACUGUCCGAUUACCUGCUUUAAUUGGUUAUUCAAAAGCAAUAGAACUGAUAUUAACUGGUCGUUACAUCGAAGCAAAAGAAGCACAUUCAUGUGGUUUGAUUAAUCGUUAUACAACUACUGGCAAUGUGUUAGGUUCUACACUAAAUUUGGCAAAAUCAUUUGUGAAGUUCCCGCAAAGAACAUUGCUUGCAGAUCGUGCUUCUGCACAGUUUGCCACAUUUUCUGCUAAACAAUUAGAAGAAGCUAUACAAUUUGAGAAAGAUAAUGCAUCUCAUUUACUAUUUGAAGAAGGAGUUGCAGGAGCAAAAAGGUUUGUUACAGAAGGAUUAGGAAAACAUGGAAAAUUUUACAAUAUUACAAAAAUAGAAACUAAGUUUGAGGAAUUUGAUAAAGAUCUUUUAUAAAGAUCAUAUAAAAGUACUUGUUCCUAAAGACUGCUAUAUAUAUAGGAACAAAUGAUACAAAAUCUCAUAUAACUGUUAUGUAAUAUAUAUUUAAAAUGUAUCUAAAUUUUCUACUAUAAUUAAAUUCCUUUAUUAUGAAUACAA